AUGAUUACUGAGAAAGUAAACAUGAGACUGCAUUACUUUGAAUGUGUACCUUUUCCUUUGUUUGUGUGGAAAUGUUAGUUGCAUAAUUAUAUUUUUUCAUAUUUCCAGAGCAAGACGAACAUUGCUAGUUUGGGAGUGCGGCAGAUUCAACGACGGAUAACUCAGUCUGGUUUUACCAGGUCUGUUGAUGUUCAGGUAAUCAGAAUGUUAAUGUUGUAUUUGAAUCGAACCUUUGAAUUUGAAAAUGAUCCAAAGUUUGUUUUGUGUUAUGUUAUGACCGCUGACAUUAUUAGCCUCUUACAGGUAAACUAUGUGAAGCGUUCCUCUUUUGACUUCGUAACUCAUUUGGAAUUUUCCUCAUUAGCUUUGCAAAUUUGAAAAACUCUUUGCAAAUCCCUUGAGGGAAUUUGCAACGUUCCUAUCAGCUUUUGCAAUAUUCCAAACUUCAUUUUAAAUUUUCCUAACUUCCUGUUUUAAUUUCCUAACAUCCUGUUCUGUUCUGAGCGUUGUUAUUGUUCGAUUAUUUUUGUUAGCCAAUUGUAACGCCCAGAACAGAACAGGAAGUUAGGAACUUGUAACAGGAAGUUAAGAACUUCUAACAGGAACUGAGGGAAAUUGUAUUGGCUUUUAGCAAUAUUGCAAAUUUCCUCAAGGGAUUUGCAAGGGAGUUUUUUGAAUUGCAAAAAUAAUGAGGAAAAUUGCAAUCAAUUUAGAAACUCAAAAGAGGAACGCUUCACGUAGUUUACCUGUAAAACCAAAAAUAACUGCAUAGCCCAAUUUCUAGUUAGCACUAAUAAUUAAUAUUAUUAUUAAUUUAUAUUAUUUUUUUUAAAUUUCUACAGUAGUUAGCAUUCUGGUCGUGUUUGUUUUAGUUUUACUCAAAGUUUAUAUUGCAUAAAUCGAUAUGCAAAAACCAUUGCUUGUUUUAAAAAUUUAAUCUUUUUGUUUUUUAUUUAUCAUAUUGAGCGGCAAUUUCAUUUUAGCUUUAUCCUGUGCAUUUAGCAGUUUUAGGCCUAAUAAGUAUAUUUCUGUAUGUUGGACGAAUUCAAAUUUCUUGUGGGCUCCUGCCAACACGUUUUUUUUUUUCAAUUUUCCUAUGAAACUAUAUUAUUGUCCAAAAAAGGUGAAUUUUCAGGUUCGUUUAUUGGGAAUAUAACUUGUGUCAUCAGAAAGUUCAUAAAAACUACAUAUAGCACAUUAUUAUGGUUAUCUUGAUUUUCAAGUUCUUGUUGAGUCACGAGCGUUUGAAAACAUACUGUAUUUUCAGUACUGAUUAAUUAUUUUCGUGUUUUAAACCUGUAUCUCCCUGACUAGUGUAUAUCUUGAGUUUUCAAGAUGUUUUCACUGUUCAUCUUGUACUUAUUAAAUUUUAUUUAUAUCUGUUGUUAUUUUCUUGUCAGCUCGAAGCAUUGACAAAAGCCAAACAAGCCAAUCCAAAAGGACGCUGGUGGAUUAAGGCUGAUGCAUGUGAUGUUCGUAUGGGAUUGAGAGAGAGUGUACGCGGAGAGUGGUCUGGAGAUGAAGAUCUUGGUUCUGGUGAACUAAAAGUGUUGCAUGAAGAGUACAAGUCAAGAUGUGCAUUCGUACACGAGCUCUAG